UUUUUUUUUUUUCUCCUGCCAAACCAGAAUUAGCCGGUAUAGGAACGAGCGAGCGUGGAGAUUUGAAAUUGCACGGAUUGGAAGGAAGCUCGGGUGAGCCUCGCACACCUCCGAACGCACCCUUUCGAAAGGCACCAGGACGGGAGCAGCGAGCCUCAAACCGCGCCAAACGUCCACUUGGCCGGGCGGCGGGCGGUGGAGCAGCCCGGGAGCCCCGCGCCGUGCACGGAGCCGGGCCAAGAGCCGAGCCCGCCGGACACCGCGUCUGCAGGAUGAUCGGCGACAUCUCGACGCGUCCCGACGCCCAGCCGCCCCGGAGGUUCCGAGCCGAGCACCGAGUUCGGCAGUCUGGGCCGGGAGCCGAGUGAGGCCCGAGCGCGGUGCGCUGCGGGCGAAAACUUUGGAAAAUGUACACAAGUCAUGAAGACAUCGGGUAUGACUUUGAAGAUGACCCCAAGGAUAAGAAGACCCUCAGGCCCCACCCAGAUGUGGACGGCGGGUGGGCGUGGAUGAUGGUCGUGUCCUCGUUCUUCGUGCAUAUCCUCAUCAUGGGCUCGCAGAUGGCCCUGGGCGUGCUCAACGUGGAGUGGCUGGAGGAAUUCCAUCAGAGCCGCGGGCUCACCGCCUGGGUGAGCUCCCUCAGCAUGGGCGUCACCUUGAUCGUGGGACCUUUCAUCGGCUUGUUCAUCAACACCUGCGGGUGCCGCUGGACCACAAUUGUGGGAGGGCUGCUGAACGCCCUGGGCUGGGUGCUGAGUGCCUAUGCAGCCAAUGUGCACUGUCUCUUUAUUACUUUUGGAGUGGCAGCCGGCCUUGGCAGUGGCAUGGCCUACCUGCCUGCAGUGGUCAUGGUGGGAAGGUAUUUCCAGAAGAGACGAGCCCUGGCCCAGGGGCUCAGCACCACAGGGACAGGGUUCGGGACGUUCCUCAUGACCGUGUUGCUCAAGUACCUGUGCAUGGAGUAUGGCUGGCGCAACGCCAUGUUCAUCCAGGGCGCUGUCUCCCUGAACUUGUGUGUGUGCGGGGCGCUCAUGAGACCUCUCUCUCUGGGAAAAGAUGAAGGUCAUCCAGGAGGGAAAGAUAUGCAAGCAAUGCCAGCUCCCUCCACAGAAUCUGUAAGGUCAGGUGGACAGCUGGGCAGUGCAGAAGAGAAGGACAGCGCACUCGGGAAGGAGGGGACCAUCUGCGACCUUCAAGCCCAGGAGUGCCAAGGCCAGGCCCCGCCCAGGAUGAACAUGUGCGCCUUGCGAGUUCUGAAGACCAUGAGCCAGAUCACCCUGCGGGUCCGGAAGGGGUUCCGGGAAUGGUACUCUGGCUAUUUUGGGACAGCCUCACUUUUUACUAAUCGGAUGUUUGUAGCCUUUAUUUUCUGGGCAUUGUUUGCCUACAGCAGCUUUGUCAUCCCUUUCAUCCACCUCCCAGAAAUAGUCAAUUUGUAUAACUUAGCAGAGCAAAAUGAUGUUUUCCCCCUAACUUCAAUUAUAGCAAUACUUCACAUCUUUGGGAAAGUGAGCCUGGGCUUCGUGGCUGACCUGCCCUGCAUCAGCGUGUGGAACGUUUUCCUCCUGGCCAACUUUACGCUGGUCCUCAGCAUCUUUAUUCUGCCCCUGAUGCACACGUACGCUGGCCUGGCAGUCAUCUGUGCACUGAUCGGGUUCUCCAGCGGGUAUUUCUCCCUGAUGCCUGUGGUGACGGAGGACCUGGUCGGCAUCGAACACCUGGCCAAUGCCUAUGGCAUCAUCAUCUGUGCUAACGGUGUCUCUGCCUUGCUGGGCCCGCCUUUUGCAGCCACAGGGUCUUGGGAAGUUGCUCAGGUUGGCCUGAAAGUUUCAGCCCUCCUGCCUCAGCCUGUCAAGUAGCUGGGAUUACGGAUGCUCAAAGAUGGCCGUGGUGAACAGCACAGAAACAGCGUCUCUGAGAUUUGUUGUACAGGCCCUGGAAGAUAGCAACAUGAAGAAGCAAAAUCAGGUAGUGGAUCCUCAGGACCCCACAAAGAUCUGAAGUGAGAAUUAAGUCCCACAAAGAGAGUUCAAAGAGAGACCUCAAUGAAGAAGGAGGUGGCAAGCUGCGCUUUCCCACUGAAUCCUGACUCACUGUGUUGGGGGACAGCUGAAGCCUGCAGACACAUGGUGACUACUGGAGACCCCAGAGGUCUCCACAGAGAAUGCACCAGGGAAACAGAGCAGUGGACUGCAGUGGCUGGUGAGUUAUUUGGGUUCAGAUGUCCCCGAGAGGGUAUGUGGCAGGUGACCAUCUUGGAGACAGGUGGAUUGAGACCAGAACUUGAAGCAGUGGUGGGCUGGCUCCACCGAAGGAUUCCCAGUAGCAGGGUGAAGCAGAACCUAGUUUAAGUUUGGCAGGAUGACAAAGAGCCAAGUACGAACUGCCAGGUAGCACACAGAGUGUUGUAGGCUGAAUAGAUCUGGCUCCAGCC